UACGUUUCAAAACGAAUUUAAUGUUUUUAACAUAUUGCGUCGAAAUCUAGUUAAGCAAGGAUGGCUACAAAACCUGUGUUGAUCUGUUUAUGCCUUUUUCUCAUUUUACUGUUGCAUUUUGCUCUCUGUCAGGAACCUGGAAUAUGUACGUCAAGGUUUGAUUACGAUUAUAAAAUACUUAAAAAGCUUCACGACUUAGAGCUGGAAAUCGAAGCCGUCAAACAAACAUUACAUGACAGAGUCGCAUUUAUGGCAGAACUAUCCCACGAUUUGACGUCAUUCACCAAAGGAGCAACGGUAGUUUUUGACCACACCAUUCUCAACAACGGCAGUCGUUACAACCCUAGCAACGGCGUUUUUGUUGCAAAAGCUCCUGGUCUCUACGUAUUCCACCUCGUUGCCACGUCGAGGCCCGGGAGCGGCAAUAAUAUUAACCUUCACGUCAUGAAGAACAAUGAACAGGUGAAUUACCUGUUUCUAGAGAACAACGUAGAUUUCCAUCACCAUCGUUCCGUCCCGACUGUCCUUGAGAUCGCCGCAGGGGAUCAAGUCAAGGUCAUCGUCCAUGGAAGUGGUGGAACCCCUACUCUUGUGGGAUGUUGCUUCCAUACACACUUUAGUGGAUAUUCGCUAAAUCUCGCAUAAACAGGUUAUGCUCAUUCGAAACCACUGACAGGCGAAAUUUACUUAUAUGGGAAUCAUUUUCGCAUUGACCGGCAUGAAAACUCUGCGCAUAUCAAGUAUUCUUUGAGAACUAAUAUUAUCAAAAAAAACGAAUGUUUUGAACAGGUUUGCGAGUAACAGUAAGGUGAUGCAUGACUGAACAAUGGAUAUGGAAUAUACGCGGGAAAUAAGAGAGCAUAACUAUACCUUGUCGAUUGUAAUUAAAACAGUGCUUUAAUUUAAUAAUUUGCUUGUCAUUCAACCGGAUUUUGGCAUUUAUGGUUGCAUUGAUUUAUUCAAAACCCAUAAAUGUUGCAUUUUGUUUUUGUUUAAAGUUAUACGAAGAAAAUAAUAAUAGCUCAUUUCAAUUGUUGUAUAUCGCCAUCUGUAAGAAAUUGUUUAAAAUUUAUAUAAAAUUUCAGAUAAAAAACUGACGGGCGAUGCUUCAUACUGGCCAAUGAUUUGUUAUUUGUUAUAUAUUAUCAUUUGGCUUAUUGUUUCCAGUCAUUUUACCAGCGUUGUAAAACCUGCAAGGCUUUUAAUCAAAAUUUGAGAUGAAUAAUCAUCAAAACACUGAGGAUCUAUUUGACGUUAAUUGUGAUCUAAAAUUUAAUGCGCUUAAUGAAGUCAGUAUACAACGACCCAUGUGCCCUUGGUGAAAUCUAAAAACAAAUGCAAUUUCUAAGUCAUUUUUUUCCACAAAUUGAUAUUUUAGUUAUGAAAGAAAAAUAACUAUCAAUCAUGCUUUUUCUGGUCCGGAUAGAAAACUAGCCAGAUUUGGACGCUGUCCCACCAUACCAGUACAUAUUUCAAGUUUUAAUUUAUCGAUCAGCCAUGUUGGUGGCCCGCAGCUACCCGAUCUGUCUUGAAAGCUUCCUCUGACUUCCUGAAUGCGCCACGAACACAAAAGUGAUGCGUCAAACUCAAAGCAAUGCUUACAAAAUAUUCGGAUACGUGUUAACACCGAACUCGACGUGAUACAGGUCACCAGAAAAGCGUCCUAUCAUAAUAAUCCCUAUAUAUCACCUGUGUAAUAAUGAAAAUGCGUGUUAGUUAUAUAAAACAGGAAACCAGGAAAAGGAUGUGAUUAAAGGGGUUAUGCGAGUAUAACAAGGCCUAUCCCGUUAAAUGCCAAUU